ACUAGCUAACUACCCAUUGCUCUAACAUGGCAAGAGUUCUUGCGUCCAAAAUGGGAUUCACUUCCCUGCGAAGGACACAAGCCAGGACAUUCCGUGUCAGAAUUGUUACGGCGGACGCCGACUUGGAGUUUGGCUGCGAGGUGAAGUGCAAAGGGAGGGACCUGUUUGACCUGGUGUGCAGGACCCUGGGGCUCCGGGAGACCUGGUUCUUUGGCCUCCAGUACACCAUCAAAGACACUAUGGCAUGGCUCAAGAUGGACAAGAGGGUUUUGGACCAGGAUGUGCCUAAAGAGGAGCCCCUUGUGUUGAACUUCCUGGCAAAGUUUUACCCUGAAAAUGCAGAGGAAGAACUGGUUCAGGACAUCACCCAGCACCUCUUCUUCCUGCAGGUCAAGAAGAAGAUUCUGGAAGAAGAGGUCUACUGCCCCCCCGAAGCCUCAGUACUGCUGGCUUCAUAUGCCGUCCAAGCUAAGUAUGGAGAUUAUCAUCCCAAUGUCCACAAACCAGGCUUUCUGGCCCAGGAGGAGCUUUUACCAAAGAGGGUGAUUAAUCUCUACCAGAUGACUGCUGAAAUGUGGGAAGAGAGAAUCACUGUCUGCUACGCUGAGCACAGAGGCAGGACCAGGGAUGAGGCAGAGAUUGAGUAUUUAAAAAUAGCCCAGGAUCUGGAGAUGUAUGGGGUCAAUUACUUUUUCAUUAGGAAUAAGAAGGGCACAGACCUGCUGCUGGGCGUGGACGCCCUGGGCCUGCACAUUUAUGAUCCCGACAACAAACUGACGCCCAAGAUCUCCUUCCCCUGGAACGAGAUUCGCAACAUCUCCUACAGUGACAGAGAGUUUGCUAUUAAGCCUCUGGACAAGAAAGCGGAUGUCUUCAAAUUCAACUCCUCUAAACUGCGGGUUAACAAGCUGAUUCUGCAGCUGUGCAUCGGGAACCACGACCUGUUCAUGCGGAGACGUAAGGUGGACUCGCUGGAGGUGCAGCAGAUGAAGGCCCAGGCCCGCGAGGAGAAGGCUCGCAAACAGAUGGAGAGGCAGAGGCUGGACAGAGAGAAGCGGCUGCGGGAGGAGGCUGAGAGGGCUCGUGACGAGCUCGAGCGAAGACUCAUCCAGCUGCAGGACGAGGCUCUCAUGGCCAACGAAGCUCUGCUGCGUUCGGAGGAGACUGCUGACCUGCUGGCAGAGAAGGCUCAGAUCGCAGAGGAAGAGGCCAAGCUGCUGGCUCAGAAAGCAGCUGAGGCUGAGCAGGAGAUCCAGCGGAUUAAGGUAACGGCGAUCCGCAGUGAGGAGGAGAAGCGGCUGAUCGAACAGAAGAAGCUGGAGGCCGAGAUGCUCGCUCUCAAAAUGGCAGAAGAAUCGGAGCGGAGAGCCAAAGAAGCCGAGCAGCUGAAACAGGACCUGCAAGAGGCCCGGGAGUCGGAGCGGCGAGCCAAGCACAAGCUUCUGGAGAUCACCAGCAAGUCUGCCUACCCGGUCAGAUCACUCUCUCCUGGCUCUCUUCCUCCUGACCUCCCCAACCUGAGCUUCAGUACAGAGUGCCUGAGCUUUGACUUCAAAGACACGGACAUGAAGCGCCUGUCUAUGGAGAUCGAGAAGGAGAAGGUCGAGUACAUGGAGAAGAGCAAGCACCUGCAGGAGCAGCUCAACGAGCUGAAGACGGAGAUAGAGUCUCUGAAGCUGAAGGAACGUGAGACGCAUCUGGACAUCCUCCACAACGAGAACACUGAGAGAGGCACCAGCAAGCAGAGCAACUUCAAAAAGCAGACGCUACAGAGUGCAAAGUCAAGAGUGGCCUUCUUUGAGGAGUUGUAGCUGCCAAGACUACGCGCACACGGCCUGGAUUACCUUCUGUGUGUGUGUGUGUGUGUGUGUGUGUGUGUGUGUGUGUGUGUGUGUGUCUGUACGUGUACUAGCAAGGCUGAGUUUGCUCUCUGAAUUACAUUCCUGGUCAUCAGUGACCUUUGACCCUAACUCAGCUCUGAUCCACAGUUUGGGCACUUCACCUGCUAGAAUGUGUGUGGUUAAAGUGCACAUUAAGUAGCCUCCUGCCAGUGGCAUGGAAAAUCCUUAAACACAGCUAGAUAAAAGGUUUUGAUACACACACACACACACACACACACACGCGCAAGAACAUUCAUGCAUGUGGUCAUGCUCUCUGCAAACAGACCAUUAAGCUCAGUAGUUCUUUGAACUAUAACCCAUAUGAAGGAACAUGCUGCCUUGCACACUACCCUAUAAUGGACCCAGUCCCCUUUCCCAUAAUUCCAUGGGGGAACAAUUCUGCUCUCUCCCAAGUUUGUUUUUCUUCUGUGAGGUGCACUGUGCUUUUAUCAUUCUGUGUCGCUUUGUUUUUGGGAUUGAAUUAAGCUUCAGGUUUCCAUUACUGCUAAAAGGAUGGUGUAGCCAAUAUUUAUGACCUUCUCGAAAGGAGAUUUAUCUGGAAGAAACAUUACAUACUGGGAGAGAAAUGUUUUGGGACUAUGUAACACUACAAAAGCCUCAAUCAGUAUGUUUUUUUUUAAACUGGUUAUUUUUUGUCAUCAGUUACAAAACCAUUUUUCAUGUUACUUGUUAAGUAGACGAGAGCAGCUGUUCUUGAUCUGUUUGUGCCAUGUGGAUGUCGGAUUGGUCAUUCUUUAUCCAAAAGUUCUAGCUCCUGUUUUGUACAGUCUUACUGCUGCACUCUGUGUGCACAGUAGGUCAAGUCAGGAUAACAGAAGGCAGUAUUUGUGCCUUUAAAAAAACAAACUGAUUGGGGCUUUCAGUUGAAAGCCUUUGGGAUUAUGAAUGGAAUUCUUUUUUUUUUUUAAUAUAAAAAGUAUACUUUUUGUCAUUGUAUACAGUGACGCUUUGUACAGUUUGUAUAUAUUUUUGGAGAAUAAUGUUUUGUGUGGAUAAAUAUGUGAAUAAAUGAAUAUGCAUUAGAGCCUCUA